AUGCCGUGGCGCGAGGGCAUAUCAUGGAAUUGGAGAAUCUCCAUUUUGCUUUUCUGCACACUCGCGGUGGCGAUGGGACAGAUCCGCUAUUCUAUACCGGAGGAGAUGAGAAAAGGACUGUUCAUCGGAGACGUGGGGAAGGACCUCGGUUUGGAUGUCGGGAGGUUGAUUUCCGGCCGGGCUCGUCUCGUUAUCGACGGCAAUAACCAAUACGUGGCGCUGAAUCAGAACAAAGGGCAUCUCGUUAUCAACGAAAGGAUAGACAGAGAGAAGCUGUGCGCCGCCAAGUCGCCGUGCAGCUUCAGUCUAGAAAUCGUCCUUGAAAACCCGCUUGAAUUGUUUUCCGUCACUAUCGAAAUACAAGACAUAAACGAUCACGCCCCCGCGUUUUCCCAAAAGGAAAUUAAUUUGGAAAUGAGCGAACUGACGCCCGCGGGGACUGUGUUUCUUCUAGACGGCGCAGCAGAUCCCGACGUGGGGAAGAAUGCGCUGCAAAGCUACGCGCUGCAUCCAACAGACCAUUUUGUUCUUAAGCAGCAUAGUCGGUCUGAUGGAAGUAGAUACACCGAAAUGGUGCUGCAGUCCAUCUUGGAUCGCGAGAAACAGAGCGAGCACACGUUAAUAUUGACAGCGGUUGAUGGCGGAGACCCUCAAAGGUCUGGCACCGUCAAGAUACACAUUACGGUGCUAGAUGCGAACGACAACGCGCCCGUUUUCACCGAGUCAUUGUUUAAAGCCUCCGUCCCAGAGGAUGCAAUAAAGGGUACACUGGUUACCAAAGUAGUCGCAGUGGAUGCAGAUCAAGGGCAACAUGGCAAUAUUACGUAUUCCUUCACUCAUAUUGACGAGGGCUCGCCUCCUGUAUUCCACAUAGAUCCCCAUACAGGUGAGGUUAAAGUAAUAGGUGCUAUAGAUUACGAGACCGCGCCAAGUUACGAAAUAAACCUCCAAGCCAGGGAUAAUGGAGGCUUAACAGGUGCUAGUAAACUAAUUAUCGAGUUAUUAGACGUCAAUGACAACAGCCCGACCAUCAGUAUGACGUCUUUCUCGGGGAAGAUUUCGGAGGAUUCGCCGCCUGGAACGGUUGUGGCAUUAAUGAGUGUGCAUGACGCCGACUCGGGUAGAAACGGACACGUGCGUUUGGCCGUGGAUGAAAACCUGCCAUUCAAAAUCAAGACGUCUCUCCGAAAUUACUACACCUUGAUAACGGAUAAAACUCUUGACCGGGAAAAGGUUUCCAGAUAUGACGUCACUCUCACCGCCACAGACGACGGUUUGCCUGCUUUGUCGGUUUUGCAAACAGUUACGUUAGAUGUUACUGACGUUAAUGACAACGCACCAGCUUUCAGUCAAACAAUAUACAGUACUCGUGUUAAUGAGAAUAACUCCCCGGGUGUGUCUGUGCUGCACAUACAAGCCGCUGACCCGGAUAAUGGUCAAAAUGCACGUAUAUCAUAUUUUCUUAUAGAUAGUGAAGUCAACGGAAACGCGGUGUCUAUGUACUUCUCUAUUAAUGCCGAGAACGGAGUGAUUCACUCUGUUCGUUCACUUGACUAUGAGCAAGACAAAGAGUUUAAAAUAUUCGUCAAAGCUCAAGAUGGAGGCUCGCCGCCUCUUAGUAGUAGCGCGACGGUUAUCAUACACGUCCAGGACCAGAACGACAACGCCCCUCAGGUUCUGUACCCAGUCCAGACCAGCAGCUCUGUGGUGGCUGAAAUGGUGCCUCGUUCAGCAGAUGUGGGCUAUCUGGUGACUAAAGUGGUGGCUGUUGAUGUGGACUCUGGACAGAAUGCCUGGCUCUCCUAUAAGCUGCAGAAAGCCACAGACAGGGCGCUGUUUGAAGUGGGCUUACAGAAUGGGGAAAUAAGGACUAUCCGCCAAGUCACUGAUAAAGAUGCUGUGAAACAAAGGCUGACUGUUGUAGUGGAGGACAACGGGCAGCCCUCUCGUUCAGCUACAGUCAAUGUUAACGUGGCGGUGGCGGACAGCUUCCCUGAAGUGCUCUCGGAGUUCACUGACUUUACGCACGACAAGGAGUACAAUGACAACCUGACUUUUUACUUAGUCUUGGCUUUGGCUGUAGUGUCCUUUCUCUUCAUCACCUGCUUAGUGGUCAUCAUAUCAGUGAAGAUAUACAGAUGGAGACAGUCUCGCAUCCUCUAUCAUUCCAGUCUGCCGGUGAUUCCCUAUUAUCCACCACGUUACUCAGACACUUUGGGGACAGGGACUCUCCAACACGUGUACAAUUACGAGGUGUGCAGGACGACUGACUCCAGAAAGAGUGACUGUAAGUUCGGCAGAGCCGGUAGUCAGAACGUGCUGAUAAUGGACCCCAGUUGUACAGGGACGAUGCAGCGGAUCCAGAAUGAAAAGAACAUCCUGGAUGAACCAGACUCUCCUGUAGAGGUGAGUCACAUAAUCAGUUUGCUCUGCUCUCUUCAGCACCACGGAGAGCGGCAUCGUUAUUUGCACCAAAUGACUCAAAGCCCAAUCGACCUUUCCCUUUCACUUUAA